UAACCAUAUCAUACAAACACCUCUUUGGCUAGACUUAGUUUAAGGUUAGUCAUGAGCUAGAAACUAACUCCAACCUCUAGCUAAGUUAGAGUAUCCAAACAGGGCCUGUAAAUGAAAAAGGAAAAGCAGACUACUCCAGCGGCGACGACCAGCAGACCAAACCCCAGAGACUGGGACUCGCCUCGCCCGCCUGCCACUCGUCUCCUCCUCGCCGGCGUCAGACACCACCAUGUCCGGGACUGGGACCGGGAGCCCCGCCGGCCCGCAUCCCGAGGAGGAGGAGUACGCGUACCUGUCGGGGCUGGGCAACAGCUUCUCGUCGGAGGCCAUCCCGGGGUCGCUCCCGGCCAACGGCCAAAACAGCCCGCUGCUCUGCCCGCUGGGGCUCUACGCCGAGCAGCUCUCCGGCACCUCCUUCACCACCCCGCGCCACCGCAACCAGCGAACGUGGAUGUACCGGAUCAAGCCGUCGGUGACCCACGACCCCUUCCACCCGCGGGACCCGCCCAACCCCCGCCUCCUCGCCGACUUCCACUCCGCCGUCGCCACCCCCACCCAGCUCCGAUGGAGCCCCCCCGACCUUCCGCCCCACGCCACGCCGGGCAUCGACUUCGUCGACGGCCUAUACACCGUCUGCGGCGCCGGCAGCUCCUUCCUCCGCCACGGAUUCGCAGUCCACAUGUAUGCCGCCAACAAGUCCAUGGACGGCUGCGCCUUCUGCAACGCCGACGGCGACUUCCUCAUCGUGCCACAGCAAGGGACCCAGAGUUACUCAUCACAACCGAGUGCGGAAAGAUGCUGGUGCCGCCCGGCGAGAUCGUCGUCAUUCCUCAGGGCUUCCGAUUCGCCGUCGACUUGCCCGACGGCCCUUCGCGCGGCUACGUUUCCGAGAUCUUCGGCGCCCAUUUCCAGCUCCCUGACCUCGGCCCAAUUGGUGCCAAUGGUUUGGCUUCGGCCAGGGAUUUCCUUUCCCCCACGGCAUGGUUCGAGCAAGCCCACCGCCCUGGAUACAUCAUAGUGCAGAAGUAUGGCGGCGAGCUUUUCACCGCCACGCAGGAUUUCUCGCCGUUUAAUGUGGUCGCCUGGCAUGGAAAUUAUGUCCCUUACAAGUACGAUCUGAGCAAGUUCUGUCCGUUUAACACUGUCCUGUUCGAUCACGCCGACCCGUCAGUAAACACAGUGCUGACUGCUCCAACUGACAAGCCUGGUGUGGCACUGCUUGAUUUCGUGAUAUUCCCGCCCCGAUGGCUAGUGGCCGAGAACACGUUCCGCCCUCCGUACUACCAUCGCAACUGCAUGAGCGAGUUCAUGGGGCUCAUCUACGGCGUAUACGAGGCUAAAGCCGAUGGUUUCCUUCCCGGAGGCGCGAGCCUGCACAGCUGCAUGACGCCGCACGGGCCGGACACCAAGACGUACGAGGUGACCAUCAGCAAGCUCGGUGGGCCGGACGCCAACACGCCGACGAGGCUGAGCGGCACGCUGGCCUUCAUGUUUGAGUCGGCGCUGAUCCCGCGCGUGUGCCGCUGGGCUCUGGAGUCGCCGUCCCGGGAUCUGGACUACUACCAGUGCUGGAUUGGGCUCAAAUCCCACUUCUCACAUGUCAAAGAUGACGGUGAUGGACCGGCGACAACCGGGGACAAUGACAAGGAUGGCGAGAAGUAGCUCUGUUCCCCCAGGUAGGAAAUGAAAGGGAAUUCCUAGGCCAUGUAUGUAUACUAGUUGUUACUUGUGUAAAGGGAGAAAACAAACAGUAAUGCAGUAGGGAUAAAUAAGCAGAAUGUGCAGCAUGCAUGUACAAUCAAUCCCUAUCAUAUCCAUUCCCAUCACCAUGUCAUGUGUAUACAUAAUAAUAGCAUUAGCAGAAAAGCAUGUACAUUGAAGGUGUCGAGCAGUUCCAAGUUUUCUGGUUAGCGGCCUGUUUAUUGGCUGAUUGUACCCUGACCACAUUUGUUGAAUAAAGCUCCCCUAGUUAAUUCUGCAA